AUGAUGGUGGUGAUGCAGGGUGGCCACACGGCAGAGCUGUUGUCCUAUGUGCGCCUUCUGCCUCCAGCCUAUUCCCCGAGAAUAUACGUUGUGGCUUCGAAUGACAAUUUAAGUGAUCAAAAAGCUUCAGAACUGGAAAAUACACAUCAGAACAAUGAUUUUUUGGUCGAAAAGUUACCUCGCGCCAGGGAAGUUGGGCAGUCCUAUUUCACAAGUAUUUUCACCACAUGCUAUGCCAGCAUAAUCGCCACUCUCUUGGUUUUAAAACAUCGUCCUCGGCUUGUACUCUGCAAUGGUCCUGGAACUUGUGUCCCGGUUUGUCUGGCGGCCUGGGUGGUACACAGCUUUAUGCGCGGUUCAAAGGCUGUGGUUUUUGUGGAGAGCGUGUGCCGCACGCGCUAUCUCUCCCUCUCCGGUCGCUUGCUUUACCACCUCCACUUGGCCCUCGUUGUGGUCCAGUGGCCUCACUUGGUUAAGAAUAAAAACAGUUGCCUUAGGGCGAUCAAAGAUGAUGCUGUGACGGGGUCGGGCCAACCGAGCCCGGUUAACGCCCCAGCGCGAGGUCACCUCCUAUCCCGCCGCGUUGUGAUACGAGGUCAGAAUAUGAUAAUCUAUGAUCCCACUCAUGUCUACGGAAUAGCGACAAGAGGAUCAGGGACCGUGAUCACAUGGUGCCCAGUCUUCUCCAGUCGUAAUAAGCCGGACGCUUCGGGCUCCGCAGGCAAUAAUACCACUCUGAGGUGCCCGGCUCAGUUGAGCGGUGUUACUCUGUUCUCCAGCACCACAUUGGCUUACUGCGACUAUUUCACUCGACUGGCACUUUUUCAACUAACCAUCCGGCUUGGGGGUGGACCACUUGACUUUGCGAUGGUUAACUUUACAGUUGCCGAGAUUCGUCGGUUAAUGGCGAAGAACAAAAACAUUCGGAAUAUGUCUGUGAUUGCUCAUGUUGAUCACGGGAAAUCCACUCUAACUGAUUCUCUUGUUUCAAAGGCCGGCAUCAUUGCCGAGUCGCGUGCUGGUGAUGCUCGCUUCACAGACACUCGCAAAGACGAACAGGAUCGGUGCAUCACCAUUAAGUCAACAGCCAUUAGUCUCUAUAAUGAACUGAAUGCAGACCAGCUAGACUAUGUGCGCAAAGUUCAACCCGUGGAUAGUGAUGUGUCGGGGAAGGCCGAGUGUGGUUUUUUGAUAAAUCUUAUCGAUUCGCCUGGUCACGUCGACUUCAGCUCUGAGGUUACAGCUGCCUUGCGUGUGACGGACGGUGCUCUCGUCGUCGUGGAUGCCGUCUCAGGUAAGCACCACUUUGAAGCUAUUGUAUCCCUCGUAGGUGUUUGUGUUCAAACGGAGACUGUUUUGCGACAGGCUAUUGCUGAACGUAUAAAGCCUAUCCUUUUUAUGAAUAAGUUGGACAAAGCGCUGAGCACAAUGGGCCAGGACCCCGAGUCGUUAUAUCAACAUCUCUCUAGGGUUGUUGAGAACGUUAAUGUUAUCAUAGCUCAAUUCAGUGAACACGAUGGUCCCAUGGGUGAUGUAACUGUAAAUCCAGGGAAUGGAACCGUUGGGUUCGGUUCCGGUUUACAAAGCUGGGCCUUCACCUUGCAUACGAUGGCGAAAUUCUACGCAAAACGUACUGGCAUGGAUGCUGAUAAGCUCCUUCCUCGGCUGUGGGGAGAUAACUUCUUCAACGCAGCUGAAAAGAAGUGGCGCAAGUCCAAGACAGACCCCAAAGAUGUACGGGCAUUCGUGCACUUUAUACUCGACCCAAUUACAAAGAUUUUCAGAGCUGUUCAAGACGAGGAUAAGCCGAUGAUUCAAAAAAUGCUUACUGCGAUUGAUGUAAAGUUGAGCACUGAAGAGCACGACCAACCGGCCAAGGUUUUGUUAAAAACAAUAAUGCAUAAAUGGCUUCCCGCGGGCGAUUGUCUUCUUGAGAUGAUUUGCAUUCAUCUCCCGAGUCCUUUUGUAUCCCAGAGAUAUCGCAUGGAGAUGCUCUACGAGGGUCCUAAGGACGAUGAAGCCGCUAUCGGGAUAAUGAAUUGUGAUCCCAACGCUUGCCUCAUGAUGUAUGUUAGCAAGAUGGUUCCAACGUCUGACAAGGGUCGUUUUUACGCCCUGGGUCGUGUCUUCUCAGGUACGAUCGCGACCGGCCAGAAAGUUCGAAUUAUGGGUCCCAACUACGUUCACGGCAAGAAGGAUGAUUGCUGUGAAAAGUCUAUCCAGCGUACUAUUCUCAUGAUGGGCCGUUAUACGGAAGCCAUCGACGAUGUUCCCUGUGGUAAUAUCUGCGGUCUUGUAGGUGUCGAUCAGUUCCUCGUAAAGACCGGCACUAUUACGACUUUUUCUGGUGCUCAUAACAUGCGCCAAAUGAAAUUCAGUGUCAGUCCAGUGGUCCGUGUUGCUGUAGAUUGCAAAAAUCCCAGCGAUCUGCCUAAACUGGUGGAGGGCCUAAAGCGCCUUGCGAAGUCUGACCCUAUGGUUCUCAUUCAAACCGAAGAGUCAGGUGAGCACAUAAUUGCUGGCGCGGGUGAAUUACAUCUGGAAAUCUGUUUAAAAGACCUGGAGGAGGAUCAUGCGUGUAUUCCGAUUAAGAAAUCUGAACCUGUGGUUUCAUACAGGGAAACUGUUACCGAAGUAUCUUCAGUUCAAGCUUUGUCCAAGUCGCCUAAUAAGCAUAAUCGUUUGUUCUUCCGCGCGGAACCACUGGGUGAAGAACUCACCAAGGAAAUCGAUGACAAUGUAGUUACUGCAAAGCAGGAUCCAAAGGCUCGAGGUCGUAUUUUGACGGAAAACUACGGUUGGGAUGCAACUGAUGCACGUAAGAUUUGGUGCUUCGGUCCCGACCGUACUGGACCCAAUGUGGUCGUUGACGUUACGAAGGGUGUCCAGUAUCUUAACGACAUCAAGGAUAGUGUUGUAGCUGCCUUCCAGUUCGUCACCAUGGAUGGUGUCCUAUGUGACGAAAAUAUGCGGGGUAUUCGUUUCAACAUCGAGGACGUGGUUCUUCACGCCGAUGCAAUCCACCGAGGUGGAGGCCAAAUUAUUCCCACUGCCAGGCGUUGUUUCUAUGGUGCUUGCCUCACCGCCUCGCCGGCUAUCUUGGAACCUGUCUAUGUUUGUGAAAUUCAGACACCCGAGGAUGCUUUGGGAGGCAUUUAUAGUACGCUUAACAAAAAACGCGGUAUCAUUUUCAGUGAAGAAAAUACUCCUGGUACGCCGAUCUACAUUGUGAAGGCGUACUUGCCUGUAAAUGAGUCCUUUGGUUUCACGGCAGAGCUUCGCGCUGCUACCAGCGGUAAGGCAUUCCCCCAAUGCCAAUUUGACCAUUGGCAAUUGUACCCAGGAAACCCUCUUGAUCCUAACAGCAAGCCUGGUGCUCUAGUUGCCGGCAUCAGGAAGCGUAAGGGCAAGCCCGAAGCUAUCCCAAGUCUCGAUAACUUCAUCGACAAACUAUGA